AUGCACGGGCGACGGCUUCCGCCGGCGCUACGCUCUCCCCGCGCCCGCCAAUCACGACACGUCCUCACGGCCGCUGCGCCGCUCUUUCCGCUCGUUUUGCUAGCGCUCGCGUCGUUCGGGGGAUUCGGAUCGGUGCAAGUCGGUGCUACGCCGUUCAGCGUGUAUGACUCGUACCAGCCGCCGUGCCCCUUCCUGCCCGACCCUCCCCCGCAAGGCUGGAAGCGGUGGAGCGACCCUGCCACGUGGACCAAUGGUGGCGGCUCCGUGAUUCCCGGAGUGAAGGCCACGGGGGGCGAGUGGGCGAAUGUGACUAUACCGUGCGGUACGGCCGUGCUGCUGGACGUGCCUCUAGUGAGCCUCAGCACGCUCGUGGUCAAGGGAUGGCUCAGGUGGAAGCAGCCUUCAUCAUCGUUCAAGGCCGCCUCUCAGUCGGCACCGCUGCAACGCCCUUUAGCUGACUCGCCAUCUUCACCCUCCUCCCCUCCCCCUCUCGCGCCAACUACUUGCUCACCGACCUUGCUCCAGCCGACCCUUUGUCUCCCUCUCUCCCUCCACUGCACUAAACCAGGGUCCUCGACUCGCCAACUCUCCCAACCGUCGAGGUGCAAGCAGCCUUCAUCAUCGUUCAAGGCCGCCUCUCAGUGGGCUCCACUGCAACGCCCUUCCCUUCCCUUCUCUGUGCAUGCACACCCAUUUCCUUCGCCCACUCCACCCAACAGGGUCCUCGACUCACCAUCCCUCCCAACCGUCGAGGUGCAAGCAGCCUUCAUCAUCGUUCAAGGCCGCCUCUCAGUCGGCUCCACUGCAACGCCCUUUAGCCGCCUCGCCAUCUUCACCCUCCUCCCCUCCCCCUCGCGUGUCGAAUACACGCUCACCGACCUUGCUCCAGCCGAACCCCUUUACCAAAGGAACCUAGGUCACAAGGCGUUCAUCGUGGUGGGAGGCGCAGUGGACUUACACGGCAUGCCAGGCUCCUCCUCUGCGCCUGCGUGGGUGCGCCUGGCAAGGACAGUGGCACCCGGGGAUAAGUUUGUGGUGGUGGACGGCGAUGUCACUCAGUGGCCGGUCGGCGGCACUGUAGCGGUUGCGUCCACUAGUGCGAACAUGAAUGAAGCCGAGACCGGGGUGAUUACUUAUGUCGCUCCCAUGCCGUCAGGUGGGGGCUUCUAUGUCGGCUUGGCCAAGCCUCUUAGGUUCCGCCAUGAGGGUACUCUUCAAGGCACCCCUGAUGGAGUCGGGGGUACAGUGGAUAUUCGAGGGGAAGUUGCCCUUUUGGACCGGAAUAUCAUCAUCCGGGGGUUGAAGGAGAAAGCACCCUACGACACAGAUGGCGGUCACUUCAUGGUGUUUAUGACAAAAACGCCGCAGUUCAUCGAAGGAGUGCAAUUCCUGGGCCUCGGCAACCAGGGCACGCUGGGGCGAUACCCUCUGCAUUUCCACAUCUGUGGCGACACCAAUCAGGCAAACGUUGUUAGGAAGAACGUGAUUGCUGCGAGCAACCAGCGCUGUGUGGUUAUCCAUGCCACCUCAAAUGCGACGAUAGAGGAGAAUGUGGCAUAUGAGACCAAGGGGCACUGCUUUAUCACGGAGGAGGGCAGCGAGUUUAACAACGUGUUUAAACGCAACCUGGGCAUCAACAUCAGAGGAGUGCGCAAGGUGAUUCCUCCAGAGACGUCAGACAGACUGGACAGACAAACAGACAACCAGGCCACCACCUUUUGGAUGGCCAGCCCUCGUAACGACCUUAUAGGGAAUGUGGCGGCUGGAUGUGACAAUACAGGCUUCUGGUACGAGAUGCUGGCUCGCAUGAGGGGAGCCUCGAAAAGGCUUGACCUGGGCGACACCCCCAUGCCUUUCUUCGAUUCGUUCGGCCGGUUUGACAGCAACGUGGCCCACUCGUGCAAGGCUGGGGUUCGGAUGUAUCCCCAUGGGAACCGGCCGCCCAAGGAGGCUGUUUUCACCAACCUGCUUGUCUACCAGAGCCGGCUCGGAAUUCUCUUCCAUCGCGCCAGGGACACCACCGUCCGCAACUCAGCAUUCGUCGACGUGGCUGUGGGCAUCGGCAGCGACGUGAAUGUGGACAUCAAAGUGCAGAACUCGCGCUUCGUGGGGCGCACACAGGCAUGCACGUCACCAGCCAAAGCAGCCUCCGGAGGAGCUGUGUCAACCAAGGCCCUUUCUGCAGCUUCCGCAGCUUCUGCAGCUGACGAUACAGCAAGCACCAGCGUGGGCGCUUCUAUCUUCCCCAACCAGCCAUCGGCCUCAGCUGCUGCUGCUGCUGUUCAGGAGGAGUCUGUUUCAUCUCAGCUGCUCCGGUCGUAUCUGAAUCCGGGAAGCCUUUUGACAGCAACCGCAGCGUCUACUAACGAGGAUGUUUUCACCCAGGGAAGCAGCAUCAGGGGCAGUAUGAGUGUCACCACCACCAAUGCUGCUGCUGCCACUGCUACCAUUACUGCUACUACCACCACUGCCGACGCUUACAACCUUUUCACCAUUCAGAACCUUCCAACCGAAAGCACCUCUCCCACCCUCGACCCUUCAACCCAGGGCACUCCCUCCAAUCCUCCCACCGACGGCUAUCCCACUCCCAUCGCCACCAACCCCUCUUCAAACUCCCCAACCGUUUCAGACAGCUCUGAAACCCCUCUCGACCCCUCAUCUGAUCCCGCAUUUGCAAAAGAGCUGAGUUUUUGGCAAGAUGAGGAGGUAGCUUCUAUAUUCUCCUCUCUUUCCCGAGCCUCGCUGCCCCGGCUUCCCAAGGCUACCCUCUCACGGAUCGCCCAGCUUCGGAACAGGCUCGGGCUGUCUAGGUUCGGGCACAGGCUCGGGGAGGGGCUCGGGAACAGGCUCGGGAAGUGGCUCCGAGGUUCGGCAGGGGGUGGUAACCAGAGCAGCGUCGAGCUGAACAGUGUCGCGAGCGUGCGGGCGGCGGUGGUGUCUUUUAGGUUCGGGACGUUUGAGUCGCCGGUCGGCAUCGCGCUGAGUCAGCAGCAUUGGAUGGACCCAGCUGGCAGCGUCAAGAUCACCGGAUGCUCGUUCACUCAAUACGCCACAUGCAAUCCCGCCAGCCCUGCUAUCGUGGCACAAGCAACCGUCUUUGGAGGGUUUUGGGACACAUCCACAGCCACGCAGGGUCUGAAGUUUGAUGCCACCACCAGUCGGGUCUACCUGCAGCAAGAAGCGAAUCCCACCAAGUCCACGUCGCUAGUCUCCAACUUCAUUGCCGUUAGAGACACCGACGGAACCCUCAUUGGCGGCUCUGGGGGCUUUGCCAUCGUGCCCUAUCUUGCCAAGCCACCUGCCUCUGUCCCAGCGAAGCAAAACAAGGCGGGGAAGAAACCAGCAGGACCCCUCACAGGCUGCCAGUACAGAGACCUCUCGGUGGGGUUCACAUGCCCGGGCACCUGCUUCCACUCCUUCUCCGCCACCUUCUAUGAAGCCACCGGCGCUGCUGCAGUGAAGGGGAGCAGCCAGCGGCCGUACAGCUACCUGGUGAUCACGAGAGACGAAGAUGGAGCGCAGUUCACGGCUUAUGGGUUCCAAAACGACCCGAUCCCAGUCAUCCCCGCCAAGACCUCUGUCCGCAGGUGGAUAUCAGCCACGCUUGAAGCCGGCUUCACCUACAGCGUGCGCGUCGUCGCUCCCCCGUCCAACCCGGCCUUCUAUCCGGAUCGCAUUGCGGUGCAGCUGAGGGACGUGGGGGGGUGCGAGGGGCGAGUGAGAGUCUUGUUUGAGCCGAAAGACUCAGGGACCAACUGGGUCGCCACCUACAGCCCUCCCACCAGGUGCGCAUCAACGGUGCUCGCCCCAUCCACCACCUACCAGAGCUACCUUUGCUCCAACAGCCGUCGAUUCCUGGCCCUUGAUUUCGGCGCUCCGGAACAGUCGUACCAGAUGCUUGGCCUUGCUCGUGCCGCCUCGUGCUCCUCUACAACUUGCUAG